GCACCGGGCCCCGCCGCCAUUUUGUGCCCUUGACUGAGAAUGAGGCAGAAGUUGGCCACCGCCUCGCUGCUCCUGCUGCUGGUGGGCACUGUGCCCGCUGUGGUGGCCCCGCAGACCCUCUGGGACGGUACUGGUGAGUGUGGGGAGCGGCCGCUCAUAGAUAAGACCUCAGGAUCCCGGAUUGUAGGUGGACACGACGCCGAGGUUGGAGCAUGGCCGUGGUCAGUCAGCCUCCAGAUUCACCACGUUGGUGCAAAAUUUGCACAUAUAUGCGGUGGAACUUUAGUUAGUGAGAAUUCAGUGGUUACUGCUGGCCACUGCACUACAGGACGGAAGGACCCAUAUUUUUGGAGAGCUGUGUUGGGCACACAUAACCUUUGGAAACAUGGCAAACAUGCAGCAAGAAGAAGUAUUAGAAGCAUAAUUGUGCACCCAGAAUUCGACAGAGAAACAUUUGAAAAUGAUAUUGCAUUAUUUCACCUUAAUUCUGCUGUACGCUACAGUUACUACAUUCAGCCUAUCUGCUUACCUUCUGCACACCUUUACCUGUAUAUUGGCCAGGAAACAGAGUGCUUUAUAAGUGGUUGGGGACGUAUAGCAGAAAAAGGUAAAACUCCAUCUGUAUUACAAGAAGCACAAGUGGAAAUCAUUCCUCAUAGUGCAUGUAACAAUUCUGAUGCAUAUGGAGGCAUGAUUAACAACAACAUGAUUUGUGCUGGCUCUCCAUUGGGAGGCAUUGAUAGCUGUCAGGGAGACAGCGGUGGACCUUUAGUAUGCUAUCACCCUGGUGACAACAAAUUCUAUCUACUAGGGGUUACUAGCUUUGGAUAUGGCUGUGGCCGACAAAAUUACCCUGGGGUCUACGUCUGUGUACCUCACUACAGAAGGUGGAUAAGCUCUCAACUUCUCCUGAAUGGCAAGGCUGGGAAUCCUGUGAGCAUUACGCUUAUGAUUUUUCUGACUGUCAGAUGUAUAGUGUUCAUGUAGACUUUCUAAAGUCUACAAACCACCGCAUCAUCAUAGUACAGAUUUGGUCUGCCUGUUAAAACUUGGCAAAGAGGAGCUAACUCAUGUUUCGGAAUAAAUCUCUGAGCAAAAAUACAUAUAUAUAUAUAUUUUUUAAAGAAGGCAUGUUUUUAUCCAAUCUGCAUGGGUACAAAACCUUAAAAGCACACUUUGCAGGUGUAUUAUUUCUUGUAAAUGUAGGAACUAAAGCAAAGCACAUGCAAUAGUUAACAUAUACGUUCAUUAGGAUUUUCUAGGAAUGUAAGGUUUCAAACUGUGAUAUCCCCCAUCGUUUUUGAGGUAUGAAGCGUAUUACAUGUGUAUUGUUGCUCUGAAUUGCAAGAUCUUAGCAUUCUUACAAUAUGUGAUCUCAUCAAGUUUUUUUUUCUUGUUAAAAACUACUUUGAUAGACAUGUAUGAAGACAAAGUAACAUAAUAGUUUUAGGCUAUAAGCAUGAAAUCUAGCUAAUUAAAAAUGUUUACCAGUACUUCCAA